AUAAAACUGAUUUUUUUGACAUUUGUGAAUCGAUUCAGAAUUGUCCAACAUCCGCAUCGUGACGCAUCUAACGGUCGAUUUUCCCCCCCACCCCUAAUCUAAUAGCCAUCUACAUGCCGGAGCCAGGUGACAUGUGGGCGUCCCCUUCGUCCUUUCCAGUUGCUGGGGUCCUCCACAUUGAGGCACCCGCUUGCUGGAUCAUGCACAGGAAAGCACGCUGCAUGGCCAUGGUGUCAGAGAUUUGGAUACGCGUCUGUGUCUAUUUACUGCUGUUCAUCACGCUUGGGGUACAUUCAAGUGAAUUUGACUUCAGCCCAGUGACAGAUGACAUCUCUCGGCUUUCUAUUUUGAGACAAAAUAUUCCAAAAGAUUACAAAAUUCCUGUACAUUACGUUCCAAAAGAAGAGGGUGGGAUGUGUUGGGUAAAACUAAAUGUUUUCUACUUGGAGGAAAGUUUGAAUUUAUCACAAAAGUUUGGGAACAUUUCAUCCAAUAAAAGGAUAUUAGCAUUUUUCAUACAAAUGUUUCAAGAACUGCGGCUCUACAUGGGAUCUGUGGAGCCAGCUAUGUAUGAUUUUGAGUGCCACUACAGGAAAGAGCACUGGCAGACAGCACGGUACUUUGACUUUGUCAAAGACUUCCUUAUAGAUGCACAGCAUAGAGAAGAUUCAGAAGACUGUGAUCCACCUCCCUGUCCUACCACACCCUACACAGAAACAAUACAGUAUUCAACAGAACCAUCCCUGCCCAUCUGCAAGUGUUGCAGACUGGGUCCAACCAUCGACAAGAGGUACAAAUCACAUAAUGAAGCUCAGAGGUUCCUGCCUGAGGUGAUGGAGCGAAGCCUUCUUUCCUUACUCUUCAUUCCACUUCUAGCUAUGAUAUUCCUGCUUGUGUGGAAGGUCAGAUCACGAAGGAACUGGAAUGAUCAACAACAGAAUCCUGGAGAAGGUGGGCUCCUCGCGGGGACAGAAGGGACUUCGCCUCCACUAGAUGCUGAAAUAUCACAAAAAAACAAGCUGAAUGUCAUUGAGACAGUGUAAAGCAUCUGCCCUUUCAUGUUCUUCAGCAUAAUUGGGCUGUGCUCUUGUCUCCUGUCCAUGUCCAAAGGUGAUCAACAGAAACAUGAAGCUGAAAUCCACAGUGAGAUCUCAAAGGCCUAUUGUUGACUGCUAUCCACAUUCAUAAUGGCUUUACACUUGCCAUAACCAAGGUUCUCCUGGUUCAAUGGAUAAGCUUGCCUUUCUUGUAAGACUACAUUACCCCUUUGCUACUGAAAACACCUUGAGAUUUUUCAGAGACAUAGAACAUGUAAACCCUGUAAGACACUCCCUUAGAUUCCCAGCUUCUGCAAGUCAUCCAUCGCAACAUAUGCAUAUGGACUCUUUGGGAAACCUAUUGCUUCUCCAGCACCUCCAUUCAGAAUUUUGCUACUGUCUGCCUCCAUUUUGGGCCUGCCGUUUCCUCUUCAAACACUAAAGCAAAGAGAUAUUGACACUGGUUAUCUCUUGUAUGAACUGAGGCAUGAAUCACUACCUCUAUUGACCCUAAUGUUAACCAUACUCUCAACAGCUCUACAGUUUUUACCUGAGUAUAAGGUUUCCCUAAGAAUAUAAAGUUAUAAUAUUGUAGUU